AUGGCUGCAACAAGGGCGAUCACUUGUCUUGUUAUUUUCCUUGUGGGCUCACUAAAUCCUCCGCUUGAAGCCCAUGGAGGAGGCACUGGAUCAGCCAAUGAUCACACCAACCCCAACUUAAGAUCAAAAUCCUUAAUUGUAGUGAAAAUCUGCUGUCUCAUCAUAGUUUUCACUGCCACAUUCGCCGGAGGGAUAUCUCCGUAUUUUUUCAGAUGGAAUGAAGUGUUUGUUUCUCUGGGUACUCAAUUCGCAGGUGGGGUAUUCUUGGGGACCGCUUUAAUGCAUUUUUUGAGAGAUUCCGCAAAAACAUUCACAGAUUUGACGGAUAAUGAGUAUCCCUUAGCCUUCAUGCUUAGUACUGCCGGAUAUUUGCUUACUAUGCUGGGAGACCUGGUUGUCACUUGGGUCAACGCCAAACAAGAAAAGAGGAAAGAAAUUAUCCCUGAGGCGAAUACGAAGAAAACAUCGUUGGAUAGUUCAGCUUCUGUGCGUGACAGUUUAUUGCUGAUAUUGGCACUUUGCUUUCAUUCUUUCUUCGAAGGAAUCGCCAUUGGAGUUGCAGAAACGAAGGCGGAAGCAUGGAAAACGUUGUGGACAGUGUCUUUGCACAAGAUAUUCGCAGCAAUUGCAAUGGGCGUAGCGCUGUUGCAGAUAAUUCCAAAUAGGCCACUUUUAUCAACUGCAACGUAUGCCUUUGCGUUCGCCAUAUCCACCCCAAUUGGCGUUGUAGUGGGCAUUCUAAUCGAUGCCACAACGGAGGGACGCUUGGCCGAUUGGUUUUAUGCAAUUUCAAUGGGAUUAGCCUGUGGAAUCUUCAUUUAUGUGGCCAUAAACCAUCUCCUGAAGCGAGGGACGACACAUCAUAAUUCUCAAGACAAUGAGAUUCCAUUGGAUAAGCCAUUUUACAGUUUUAUGGCUGUUGUUCUUGGUUCUGGAUUGAUUUCAGUGGUAAUGAUUUGGGAUUAG